AUGUCAUCUAAAAGUCGUAGUUCUUCAAAGGAGAAAAAAUCUUCCUCAAAAAAGGAAAAGAAAGAAAAGUCUUCGAAGAAGGAAAGUAGUAAGAAAGAGAAAAAAGUGAAGAAACCAAAGACCCCCGAACCAGAGUACGAAGAUGAUUUCGAACAGUAUGAAGAGGAUUUUGAAGAUUUUAAUGAUGACAGAUCAAAAGAAAAGGAAACACCAACAGCAGAAGAAGCUGCUCGAGAAGAGAAACCUUUGAUAAUAAUAGAAACUGAUGAAACUCCGUUCGAAGGUAAUUUGUUGCAACGUUUGGCUACAAGUCAUAUGCGACGAACCGAGAUUGCUCCCCAAAAACAAAUACCUAAAGCGUCGUCCCAUACUCAAAUUUCCUUCCAAUCUACAAUAGAAAACAAGCCAUAUUCUUAUCACAAUGAAGAAGAAAGACAAACUCAAGAACAACGAGCAUUUGGAAGACUGAAUAAACUUCGUGGAUUGAUAAGCAUUGAGGUGACAAAGAGUCAAGUGUUUACUGAUAUUUCAUCGAAUAUCUUCGAGCCACUAUCCUCGACUCCAUCAAAUAAAGCACACGCAUUGACCCAAACUGGAAAAGAGUGCAAUACAGAAGAAGUGCAAACGGAAAAGGGGGAAAUGGAAGAUGAAGAAACUCAGUGUCCGCAUUCGGAAAGUACCAGAAUCGAGAAUGGAUUAGAGAAAGAAAGAACGUCUUCUGAUAGAGCUAGACUCAAGAAAUUCUUUUUUGCGGCUACUCAGACAAUUCGCGAAAUUCUAAUAAGUGAUGAUAAGUCAGCAGAAGAGGAUGAAACGAGCGAAAAGUCGAUUUCCAAAUUUUCAAGAGGAUAUAAUCCUUUUCGACUGUACCAGGUGGUGACAAAAUGCAAAGCCACAUGUAUCAAAAAAGGAGAAUCAGACAGCGUUCUGAUUGCUUAUGAGAUAUUCGAAUCUCCUGCUCCAGAUCUCAUAAACAAAAGUUUGAUAGCAGAGUUUUAUGUGCAUAAAAGAAGACCGCCUAAAAGACUGUUUGUGGUUGAAAGUGUCGUUUCAGCAAUGGAGUUGAGUCAGGCAUCACAAACACUUUAUGUCUGUUUGAUGGAUGGUACGUUCUGUGCAUUUGACUUGUCAAUUACCGAUGCAUUUUUUGAAGAUACUCUUCCAUGGGUUGAUUCUGACACAGACAUUGCACUUCGUCGACCCACUUUUGAUUCUUCCUUUUUAGCAACUACAAUUACAGAUGCCACUCCAUUAGUAGGGAUUACUGUAUCUAAGUCAAACAUUGGCGAAGAUAUCACAACAAUCGAUUCAUCCGGAACAAUUUCGUAUUGGGUUGCGAACAGAAUUGAGACAAAUGAACUCCGUGUUCUUCUAACUGCUGUGAUCCGUCCACAUCCAGUUUUGAAACGACACUCCUCGUCGUUCGCUGUUUCUGCAUUCUGCCACACAACAAAUCCGUUGAGAUUCUUCAUUGGAACUGACACUGGAAUGAUGUAUUCGGUUUAUAAAUCAGAUACAUCUCAAGCAAUUCCAAAAAUCUUCAAAACUGAAAAAGAAAAGUAUGGAGAGGUUGCGGUAAUUGCUGCUAAUCCCACUGAUAACACUGUUCUACUGAUUGGAUUCUCAAAUGGUUCGAUUUCUGUAUACCGUACAUCUCAGACAUCUGCGAUUGUCAAUUUACCAACUGCCGAUUUGUCGACUCGUGUCACAAUGAUAUCAUGGAGCCUUACUAACCCAUCUGGAUUCUACACUAUUCACAAUGGAAAUUCAAUUUCGUUCUGGGAUUUGGGGUUCAAGCUCUCAUCGAUAACAACUGAUAGCCGAAACGAUUCCAAUCAAGUUCUUGCAUGUGAUACGUGGCUAUCGGAAAGCGCCAAAAUUGGAUAUAUGGCCUUUGGAUUGAGUAAUGGUGACUCGGAAGUUCAUGUUCUGGAGGACCCAGCAAGAAAGAAUCAAAAUGAAACUAUUUUGGAUGUGUUGAGAAGAAUAAAAAAUCUUUAA